UUGGCUAGAAACCGGCGACUUCCUGUCCGCGUUGAACGCUGGGAGUUGUAGUCCCGGGGGCGGGGCGCGGCAGCAGCAGCAAGGCAGACGGGCCACGGAAGCGGGCGGCGGGCCGGGCGGGAUGGACAAGCUCAAGCGGGUGCUGAACGGGCAGGACGCGGAGGAGCAGGGCGGCCUGAGCGAGAUAGUUGAUACAACUUCAUUAAGCUGGGGCACAAGAGUGAAAGGCUUCAUCGCUUGUUUUGCCUUAGGAGUUCUGUGUUCUGUCCUGGGUACUUGCCUGCUAUGGGUGCCAAGGAAAGGACUAGUUCUCUUUGCAGUAUUUUACACUCUGGGGAAUAUUGCAUCCCUUGGAAGCACUUUUUUCCUUAUGGGACCUAUGAGACAGUUGAAAAGAAUGUUUGAGCCUACUCGUUUGAUAGCUACUAUUGUUAUGCUAUUGUGUCUCAUUCUAACAUUGUGUUCUGCUUUCUGGUGGCGCAACAAGGGGCUUGCUCUCAUCUUCUGCAUUUUGCAAUUUUUUGCCUUGGCAUGGUACAGCAUUUCUUUCAUACCGUUUGCAAGGGAUGCUGUGAAGAAAUGCUUUACUGUUUGUCUGUCAUAACAGGAUGCUGGAGCCCCAGUGAGGGGUUGCUGUUGCAUCUCUCGAUGGCUGUGAGAACAGUUGUUACGUGAUGGGAGAAUGAGAAAGUUGCCGGAGGACCAGAUACAGAAGAAAAAUGUUCUAUUUUUGCCUUGAAUGCAGCAUUUGCCAAACUUCUAAAAGUUGAGCUCCGCCUCACAAAAAUGAAACUGAUCACCACCCCACCCGGAAACCUUAUGUCGUUAAAGGCCAUCCAUCUUAAUACAUCCUCGUUGCCCCUGCCCUGGCUUGUCCUUUGGGUCCUUCCAGGGUCCUUUGGGUCCUUCCACACCUUGGUGUAGAUCUUCCUACCAUGGCCCUGCAGUCCCUUUCUUAUAUACAUUGAUAAGCCAUGAAAUA